GACCUCCAACUAAGCAAAUGCACGUGUCUUAAUUCCCACUCACUUUUGUUUCACACCCUAUAAAACCAAACCUAUCCUUUGACUCUAUCUCUCAUCUCAAAUUUCAUUUCACAAAACACAACAACAACAACAACAACACAACAACAUCAUCAACAAGAACAAGAAAAAGAACAAGAAUAAUCAUCAAUAGUAGAGUCAACUUUGAAGAUUUUGGUACAAUAUUAUUAACAGAACAAGAAGAAACAGGAAUGCAGGGUGAAUUAGAAUUGCCACCUGGUUUCAGAUUUCAUCCAACUGAUGAAGAAUUGGUGAAUCAUUACUUGUGUAGGAAAUGUGCUGGUCAAUCAAUUUCUGUUCCUGUUGUCAAAGAAGUUGAUUUGUAUAAGUUUGAUCCAUGGCAGCUUCCAGAAAUGGGAUACCAAAGUGAGAAAGAAUGGUACUUUUUCUCUCCAAGGGAUCGGAAAUACCCGAAUGGUUCACGGCCUAAUCGGGCUGCUGGAAGUGGUUAUUGGAAAGCUACCGGAGCUGAUAAACCGAUCGGGAAAUUGAAACCGAUGGGGAUUAAAAAGGCACUGGUUUUCUACGCCGGUAAAGCACCGAAAGGAGUGAAAACUAAUUGGAUUAUGCACGAAUAUCGUCUUGCUAAUGUUGAUCGAUCCGCCGGAAAGAAAAACAACUUAAGGCUUGAUGAUUGGGUGUUAUGUAGAAUCUACAACAAAAAAGGGAAGAUUGAGAAAUUCAACACUAACAACACACCAAAGGUUCAAAUUCAAAAUUACUAUGAGCAUGAAGAAGAACAAGAACAUGAGAUGAAGCCAGAAAUUAAGAAAUUAGGAAACUACCACUACAUGGAUACAUCAGAUUCAGUUCCAAAGCUAAACACAGACUCAAGCAGUUCAGGUCACGUGGUUUCACCAGACAUCACGUGUGACAGAGAGGUUCAAAGUGAACCAAAAUGGAAUGAAUUUGGAAUACAGCUGGAUGACGCGUUUGAUUUUCAGUUCAAUUACUUGGAAAAUGCACUUUCAUUUGAUUAUGAUGAUGACCCUUUUGGAACCAAUGAUCAGUACCAAAUCAACCAGCUUUCACCAUUACAAGACAUGUUCAUGUUCCAACAAAAACCAUUUUGAUUCUUGUUUGUUUUUGACAGAAAAAAAAAAACAAGACUUUUUGGAAAAGGAUAUUGGAGGGUUGCCUAAUUAAUUUAUUUUUUGUAGGAAAAGUCAUAAUUAAUUCAUGCAAUUACACCUAAUUAGGUACUGUAUGUGGACCACUCAGGAUAAUUAAUUAUUCUUAUUCUCUUCUCUAGAGAGAUUAGCUAGGGGAAUGUGAUUUUUGGUUGACAUGGACCAUUUGGAAUAUUGGACCUAAUUUGUGCAAAAAACAGAAGAAUAUUGUAAAAGGAGAUAGGUUCUGCAGUGUGUAAGUAAAAAAAAAAAAGGAUUCUCUUAUGAUCCUUAUCUCCAUUAGGUGUAGAUCCAAAUUUAGUGGACCAUGCAUUGGUUUGUCAAUGUGUAGGUGCAUGAACUGUCCUAGGAAAUUCUUGUUUUGUUACUGGUGUGAAAAUCAUUUUUUCAUAUAUUUGUAAUAUAUAAUAAUACAGUAACUUCUAUAUUUUUUUCAA